UAAAUCAGUAAUAUCGCCAGUGAGUACCUACAUAAAAGAUUACUUUUUCUGGGGGUCACAUUGCUUACGGAAAAUAAAACAAAGUCAAAAUAUUUUCGAUUCUCCGCAAAAUUAAAUAAAAUAGUGCAAUGCCGAAGUACUAUUGCGACUACUGCGAUACGUACUUGACCCACGACUCGCCCUCGGUGCGGAAGACGCACUGCACCGGCCGCAAGCACCGCGACAAUGUCAAGUUCUACUACCAAAAGUGGAUGGAGGAGCAGGCCCAGCACUUGAUUGACGCCACCACCGCCGCCUUUAAAGCCGGCAAAAUCACAAACAAUCCGUUCGCUGGAGGACCGGCGGCGGCGGGGCCUCCGAAGCCUGCGGGUGUUUCCAUUCCGCCGCCGAACUUGGGCGCUCCGCCCAGACCGGGAAUGCCUGGAAUGCCGUACAUGCCGCCGAUGAUGAAUCCCAUGAUGACGGGCAUGCGCCCGCCACCCAUUCUCAACCCCAUGGCCAUGAUGGGACCACCGCCACCAUUGGGCACCAUUCCCGGUGUCCGUCCGCCAAUCAUGAACGGACCAAAGUGACAGAACGACAUGGGUAUUUCCUCCGCCUCAUAGGAUGUCCUAAUUAAGCUGUACCAUAUAAGUAACUCCAAUUUUUACCAAACCAAUUAUAUAAAUUUAUAUAAAAAGGAAA